AAAUUUGACAUUAGGCAAGUGAAUCAUUUUUGUGAUUAGACUGAUCGGAAGGGUGUAGCGGUUCGCCGGAAUUUAUCUAAAAAUGGCCAAAAAUACGUCAAGCUCAGCAUUUCGAAAGAUCGAUGUGGAUCAGUACAACGAGGACAACUUCCGAGAGGACGAACUAGAUUCGAGUGGCAACGUUGGGCCUGAUGAAAGUGAAAUCACUUCACUACUUAACCAGGGAAAGCAUUCAGAAGCUCUCCUGGCUGUGCUCCAAAAUGCUCCCCUGGGCUGCAAGAAUCAACAGAUAAAAGAUAACGCUUUGAAUAUCACACUUCGAGUUCUGCUCUCUAUCAAAUCUUCGCAAAUGGAGCCUAUCGUGGACGCUCUGGAGGAACGGGAUCUGCUCGACGUGCUCAUGAAAUACAUCUACCGAGGGUUCGAAAUACCCUCGGAAGGAUCCAGUGGUCACCUGCUCCAGUGGCACGAGAAAGCGUUCGCAAAGGGAGGAGUAGGGUGUAUAGUGCGCGUUUUAUCCGAUACCAAUAGGGCCUAGGUUUUAAGAGGGAAAUAUCAGCCAAAAAAACAAAUCGAAACUUCGAACAUUUCCAGUUUUUGCAAGUGCAUGUCGUUCUCACCCGAUUUUAUAUCCAGUCAAAAGUGUCGUUUUGUUUGUUUUCAGGGCGGAAGGGGUGCGAAUUAGCAUUUGAAAAAUGAUUCUGUAGAAACGGUAGUGAUUCGCGUCCUUUGCCUAUUAUUAUUUCGAACAUUAUAUUUUUGAAUAAAAAACUAUUUAAAUUAGAAA